AUGGAAUGGCGGGAAGAAAUUGAGAAGCGAUUCUUCAAGAACCUCAACCUCACUGAUGAAGAUCACGACAUCGUCACACUCUCAAAAAUCGUCACUGGACCAAGACGCCGAUACUUGCGUCAAGUAGAGCUCAACGUUUACGGAGAAGAUUCGUUCUCAGUUGUUGAUGGUACUCAAUGCACUGGCAGUGGUUACAAGUCUGUUGCGAAAUUCCCCGAAACUUUGAGCACAUGGACCCCAGAUGUUCUGCUCACCGUCAAGCUCAACAUCGGCCCUCAAGGGUUUAGACGGUCCAUAUGGAAGACAGGCCUUCCCGAUCUACCGGUUGUUCCAGUCAUUGGAGCUUUGCAUGUCAACAUGGAUCCCAACUCCUCCAGCGGGUUUGCGGUUGACUACUGCCAAUUUGCAUCUCAGCCGUUGGUGCUACUCAAACGAGACUGA